UUGUGUCACUUCCUUCCUUUACCUCCAUCUGGACAAAUGCAGCAGCAGCAUAAAGGAAAGCCUGUUAAAUUAUUGAGAAUAGGAAAAGAAAGUGAAAUAAAGAGCAAGCUGAUAGACUCUCUGCAACUGACAACAAUUUGAACAAGCAGUUUUCACACAAGCCAUGACUUUGUCUGUACAGAGGAAAUAAAACCGACUUGGGAUGAACGUUGACCAACACUGUUACAGUCAGACAUGUGUUACUAUCUCCUCAGCACAAUCAGCUGUCUCUGCCUUCUUCAUACUGGUCUCCAUGCUGAAGAAUGCAGCCAGGGUGUUCUGGCACAACGUGAGACAUUGUAUGUACCAGCAGGGGGCAGUCUGUCUUUGUCCUGUGUGGUCCAGCACUGUGGAGGCACCUGGACAGGAAAGUGGAUGCGGACAAAUUCAACAAAUGAAAAUCUAAGUGUGAAGCACCAUCUGACCAAUGUGAUGCUCUCAGCCAAUCAAACUCGACUCAUUUUAAAUUUCCUGAGUGUCAAACAAUCAGACGAAGGUUUUUAUGGAUGCAGUGUAAAAUGGGGCCAAGGUGAUACUGGUCAGGGACAUUUCAAGUAUGUGAACGUCACUGCAGCUGUCCCCUUCCAGAGGAGUGUAUUACACAGGGUUUUGGUCUGUGCCGGUGCUUCUCUUUGUCUUCCCAUCAUUCUGGGAUUGGCUCACUGUCUAAGUUCAAAAGUCAAGCCUCAGCCACUUCCCAGGACGUUGUCCAUUCCUGCAGCUGUAUACAGAGACCAACCACACCCAGCUCCACAGCCUCCACCUCGAUGCCCCAUACCCCAGAAACGUAGCACUUCCUCUAACAAAGCUGUCCCCAAGUCUAGGCAGAAAAUUGAGGUGGUGUAUGCAGACAUUUCUCAGGAUGCACUGAGACAACAGGGAGCCACCAGAGAGCCUGACCAGUCCACUGUGUACUCAUCUGUCAGAUUUUCCUGACUGCUGUCGAAGCAGGUAGCAUAAAAGACAGCAAGUGGAGCAGAUAAUGAGGAGAUAUUGCAGCAUGCAUCAACCAUCUGAACCACCCUGAGGUGCUGCAGAGAGCAAAGACUCAGCUAUGUGGCAUAGUUUCAUUGAUAUCACCACUUUUAAUUAUCUUGAUAUGUGACUGCGGACAAGCAAAACAUUAAAUGCAGCCCGACCAAUUUAAAAGUAUUGCAGUUUUUAAAAUGUGAAACAACCUUUGUCUAUAAUAUCUACCAAGUGUGUACUGGCUUGUCGUGUGAGAUUUUAAAAAUGAGAUACCACAUAAAUGACACAAAAUACAACAUUUUAUUUUAGAAUAAAUUCUCAAUGGCACAUUACAUAACCAAAUAUACAUAUACAUGUUUAGACAUCUUUUAAAUUAAUAUAUUUCCUUUAAUCAUUUUAACCUUAUUAAUUAGCAUACUCUGCAGUUACAUUUGUACAUGACAUCAAGGCAAAAGAAGUUUUCAUUUGAAUAAAUUAAGCAUAUUAACAGAGGAAAGGCUGCAGAGCAUUUAGGCGAUACCUGCUACAAACAAAAGUACAUCUGAACUUCCCGUUUUUGUGUGAUUUCUGUCCCUGCUUCCCUUGUUCAAGGUAAUCACUGGCCUAACUGAAAACAGUUUGUAAUUGUCAACAAGCUGAUCCUUAAAGUACUUAUCAGAACUUUCUUUCAGCUUUUCUACAGCUUUCUUGCAAAACUAAAAAAGUCACCCAAAUUACAACGUAGGUGUUUGUAAUUUGGGUGAACUGACUCUCUAGGAUUUGAGUUUCAUGUGACAGAACUUCACACACUAUCCUGCCAUCCAGGAAAGGUUGUCUCCACAGUAAUAGCACAUAUGCAUUCUUUCAAAGACCUACAUGCUUGGUUGUUUGGUCACACAGGAAACACAUCUGGAUGUCUUUAAGCGUUUUCUUGAUUAGCACACUCACACCUUCCCCUGUUCUAGUUUAUGCAGCUCCAGGCUAAUGUUAUGAUACAGUUGAGGACUAGUAAACCUAUUGUCAUGUUGUGCUUGUAAGCACCUGGCUUUGCAAUUUACUUUUAAGAGACUUUGUAAUAACAACUAACAAAGCGUCAAAUCAAAAAUUAAAAAUAAAUAAAAAUAACCCUCCAAGUUCACAUUCAAUGUGUGGUUCAAAGGUUCAUUUAACCUGAAGCAUCUUUUUUUCAAGUCAUUAAUAUCAGCGCACAUGCUGGGAAGCUUUAAACCCAGGAGACUUUCCUGUUCAAAAGUUCCAACAAACAUAGACAAAGAUACAACGAGCUAGCAAGCUUCAAUGGGAGGUAUCAGAAGGUGAAAUGUUUUCAUCGGUGCACCGUCUAUUUUCAGUAUAUGUGGGUGUUAAUCGGCUACCCACGACUGUGCUGUAAGCGGAUCCAGAAGAUUCUUGUCCUCUCACAUAGUGAGAGAGAGAGAGAGAGAGAGAGAGAGAGAGAGAGAGAGAGAGAGCGAGCGAGCGCAUCAGUGAUGAAAAGGGCUUUUGAUAGAUUGUAAGGCGCGGCUUUGGCUAAAAUAAGCGCAUGGCAAAAUGUGUUGGCAGUGUCUCCUACUGUGCUCCAUAUGAGCUAAUUUCCAUUAACCAAGCACUUGAGUUCAGGGAUUUGAAGUUACCCUUACAGGUACAGAAAUGCUGCCAUAGGUAUUUUGACUGAGUUUCAGCAAUGUCGAGUUAAUAGUGCAGUAGACACAAUGCAGCAGCUAGCAAGGUUACAAAAGCAUCUCGAAAAUCAAAGGUGUUUCCUAGAAAAGCAUUUUUAUAUGCAAAGAACAUGCUCAGAUCGUACAGUAGAGAAUUGAGACUCCCUGUGUUAUCAACUCCAAAAUGCUGCUACUGUAAGUCUACAUUAUGUUUCUGUGCAUGUCUGUCUUUGUCUGCGUACUUUUUUUUUAGGCAAAAGAGGAACUGCUGCCAGACGUACCAUUCAAGGGCAAAGGCAAAAAGGGAACAUCCUGAUGUCUGACAUUUCCAAUUCCACUGAGCACUCAGCAGUCGAACAGAUAACAGUAACAGUUCAGCCAUAGUCUCAUGUUACCAUUUUUCUAGAUCACUGUAUCUCUCUAAUAAACUAGAUGCUUUAGAAAAAGCUGAGGCAGAGUCUAGCUCAGCCUGCACUCACAGUAUUACAGCCAUGCUAGGACUUCAUGUGAUGUGAACAUUUAACAACUGAGAUGCAGCAACCUGUUACAACGGCAAAGUAUUGACUAAUUUCCUUAGCCUAAGGUUGGUUAAAAAGAAAGCCAACAUGUCAGCUGC